CCCUCUCAGCAUCCCGGUCUGGAAGGCGCCACCUCCACGCUCCCUGCGUCCGCCGCCUCUGUCCCCGACUCCCUUCAUCCUUUGUCUUCACUCCGGAAGGGCCGCGGUGGGCGCAGGAUGAGCAGCGGCGGCGCAGGCAGCAGUGGUCGGGCGGCGGCUCUCUCCGCCCGGGGCUCCCGCAUCGCCGGCGGCGCCCGGGGCCUGCUGGACAAAGGCUUCGACUUGUACAUCGCGGACCCCUUCGACCGGGACCGCAACCCGCGGGGCAUUUUGAAUUUGGGAACAAGUGAGAACAAACUUUGCUAUGAUUUAAUACAGGAAAGACUCACAAGACCUGACAUGAACUAUCUGGAACCUCACCUUUUGCAAUAUUCUGAUACACAAGGCAUUGAAAGCUUCAGAGAAGAAAUUGCCAAAUUUCUCACUGAGUAUGCCAAAGCUCCAAAAGCACUGAAUCCAGAGCAUAUAGUUGUUAUGAGUGGCUGUUGUGCUGUCUUUGCUACCCUUUCAACUGUAUUAUGUGAUCCUGGAGAUGGGUACCUUAUUCCUACUCCAUAUUAUGGUGGAAUAAAUUCAAAAACCUGGCUGUAUGGUGGAAUACAACCUGUCCAUGUGCCCUUGUUUAGUGAGGUGACUGAUGAAGAAAGUCAUCCUUUUCAAUUAACAGUUGAAAAAUUAGAGACUGCCCUACAGAGAGCUAAAGAACAGGGCAUCCGAGUCAGAGCAUUAAUCCUGAUCAACCCUCACAAUCCAUUAGGGGACAUUUACCCAGCACAGUUACUGAAAGAAUGUCUAGAGUUUGCGCACAGAUAUCAAUUACAUGUAAUAAUAGAUGAAAUAUAUAUGCUGUCUGUGUACGAUGAUACCACCUUCACCAGUGUUCUUAGCUUAGAUUGUUUACCAGAUCCAGAACGGACACAUUUUAUGUGGAGCUUUAGCAAGGAUUUUGGUAUGUGUGGUAUCAGAGUUGGAGUGUUGUACACCAGAAGUCAUGAAAUUCGGAAAGCCGUGAAUAAACUGGCUGUUUUUCAUGGAUGUCCUGGGCCUGUUCAAUAUGUUCUGAGCCAGUUUCUUAGUGAUAGAGAUUGGCUGGAUAAUGUGUAUUUUCCUACCAACAAAAAAAGACUUAGAGAAGCACAAAAUAUUCUUGUGGAUGGUCUCACAGAGAUUGGAAUACCUGUUCUCAAAAGUUCAGGAGGAUUAUACAUAUGGGCAGACUUCAGAAAAUUCCUAAAAUCACAGACAUUUGAAGCUGAAAUGGAAUUAUGGUGGAAGUUCCUUGAUAAAAAACUCCUCAUUAGUCCUGGAAAAGCCUUUUGCUGUUAUGAGCCUGGAUGGUUUAGAAUGGUCUUCUCAGACUCUGUAGAUAAGAUUUACUUGGGUAUACAGAGACUUGAGCAAAUGCUGCAAACUGAAACUGCUGAACCAGUUGCAAACAAAAAAUCUGCUGUAGAAGAUGAGUUAUCUAAUUUAGAAGACGAAACUUCAGUGAAUCACGCAAAUACACCAUUAGAUGAAGUUUCAGAAGCAUACUCGGAUAUGAAAAAAAUUGUUGUCUAUUAAAAUCUUAUAUGAAAUUGGAGACUAAACAAAACAUGAUAUAGCAUGCGUAUGUUUACUAAAAUUGUUACUUUGACUGUAAUACUUUAGGACAGUCUCACUUUGCUGUAGCCUGUGGUUACUAAUUUGCAAGCUGGACUCCUAGAAUAUUAGUAACCUGGCCCCUAUCCUGACUUUAGCCUCUGUUCUGCAAAGCACUAAAGCCCACUUUUUAAGCAUGCUGUUAAAUACCAUUAAAGUCAGUGGGUCUUAAGCAUAUGCUUAAGUGCUUUGUUGAUUAGGGUGGGUUUGCUUACUCAGGGCCUUAAUGAAUCUUGAACACAAUAUUUUAUAUUAUGGAGUAUAUAUUUUAAUCAGAAGACUGAAAAUGUUGAACUAGCUGAUACUGGUUGUCAAAUUUUACUAAAUUUGUCAGUUGACAGACAGACAGACAGACAUGUGUAUAUAUAAAAUCUACAUGGGAACUUUUUAUGAUGGUUAAAAUAAUUCAUACAUGAGCCUUCUGAAUAUGCACAUCAGUGUAAAUACUUGUUUACGAAAUAUUCAGUUUUUUGGCUUUCAUGCUUCCUUUCAGAUGUGUAAAAACGCUUAUUUGUAUAUUAUAAUAUUUGCAUCUUUUUUUGCAAAAAACAUCAGUUUUUCUCAUAAAAUAUAAAUGUAAAGAAAUUUAGAA